CCUCGCGAUUUGAAUGACACAAUAUCAAUCUAGAACAUUUUGAGGCUGCCGCGACGAUUGAGCCAUUCUGAGGUCCAUCCUUACCGGGCGUCGGUCACUAUGCCAUCGGCUGUAAUCGAGCUACAGGAAUACCUCAAAGAGGGAUACUGGAUUUAUGGGCGCUUCUAUGGCUCCUGGAAAUCCGACAAAUAUUUUGUUCCUAUCGACUCGGAGGAGUCGAAGCGGCUCGAUCUAUUUCAUAAAGUAUUCCUCGUCGCCCGAGGCAAGCCAUAUAGUGUCCCUAUUAAACGGCAGCAACCUAGGAUCAUGGACCUUGGUACAGGCACCGGCAUUUGGGCAAUUGAUGUAGCUGAAAACUAUCUCAUCAGAGCUCACAUCAUGGCAGUAGACCUGAAUCUGGUUCAACCGGCAUUGAUUCCCGCGGGGCUUGUUUUCAAACAAUACGAUAUAGAAGAAUCAACGUGGAGUCCAUUACUGGCAGACUGCGACUUGAUUCAUAUGCGAAUGCUACGCGGCGGUAUUCAAAUAGAAUUAUGGCCGUAGAUCUAUCAAAGCACCUUCAAGCACUUGACACAAGGUUUUGGCUAUAUAGAGUAGGUUAAAGUUAACUGGACUCCUAGAUAGGACGACGACGUUGUGAAGCCUGAAGACUCUUUAUUCCAAAAAUGGUCAGAGCUCUUCCAUACUAGCAUAGAUAAAUGCAAUCGCAGCGUGACAGUCACACCUACAGCAACGAAAGAGAUGAUCCAGGCCGCAGGAUUCGUCGACUUUAAGCAAUAAGUUAUCAAAGCCUACGUGUCCCCCU